AUGUCCCACUACUUUUCAAAUGAAGAGAGCAGUGUAUCAAUGGUGCCUCCAUCAAACUCAAGCUAUUUGACUAGGAAUAUCUUUACUCAUGAUCACAGGAAAUACCUUCUUAAAGUAUGCAGCAGCAUGGUGAAAUCAGGCAUCAUUUCACAAACUGUGGUCAAGGACUUGCUUAGCAAAGAGUACACACAUAUGGCUCGAAAAUCGAUACACGAUUACUUAAACGUAAUUAACAAGACAACUGAGCAACGUGCAGAAGAAGCUCAAGAAGCAGACCCUCCGAGCAACAUUUUUACCCAAACAACUACUGCAAGACAAAGCGACUCUUCUGAAGCCAGUGCCACAGGCAGAAAAGCACAAUGCUACGCAUUUAUCGCUGACGAGUCCACAGAUGUUGGAGUAAAAGAACAAAUUUCAUUGUGUGCUCGCUUUGUUGACAAAAAGGAAGAUGGCAAGCGCUAUGUCCGGGAAGAUUUCCUCACUUUUGUCUAUGAGGAAAAUGGCACAACUGCAGAUGCUUUAACAACUCAGUUCUUGGAUGCCUUAAACAAAAUUGGUGUGCCCGUUGACAAAAUGAGAGCACAGGGUUACGAUGGCGCCAGUGUCAUGAGCGGGCACAUUAAUGGGGUUCAAGCAAGGGUCCGCAGAGUCAACCCAAAGGCCAUUUACAUCCACUGUCGUGCCCAUGUGUUAAAUGUUUGCAUUGUUCAUGCCUCUAAGCUUCCAAUUGUUCGAAACAUAAUGGAUACAAUGCAGGCGGUUUCUCUGGCGUUCAAGUUCUCUGCCAAGCGCCUUCUCGUGUUCGAAGAACAGUUAGGGAACAAUGCUGCUGUACAGGAAGAGAUGGGCAGAAGAUCGAAGCUAAAGGUACUCUGUGAAACACGCUGGGCAUCUCGUGCCGACUGUUUGGAUGUAUUUGUCACCUCAUUUCAGGUUAUCGUUGAUACCCUUCAGCAAUUGAGCGAAGGCGGCGACAGCAAGGCCAGGGGAUUAUGCGCAUCUAUUCUUAAAUGGGAUUUUACAAUAACAUCAGUUGUUCUUCAGCACAUAUUUAAAUAUACUCACCGAUUAUCACUGCAUCUUCAGGUCAGUGUAACGUCGCAAUACUUUUUGUACAACAUUGGCACUGGCUUCUCCAAAGUAUUAAUUGUGCUGCUUGAAAAGUGCUUUGGGCCACCUGAAGCUCUGAGCAGUUUCUUAGCACAUGACCAGCUGUGA